GGUGAAAUGCCCCGAGAUGUGCCACUACAGCUUCUCACUACAUAUCCUCAAGGUGCAGGAUUUCCAUUUUUCACUUGGGCACAACUGUUCUUUACCAAUGCGAAUCAGGAGAUUGUUGGUUGGUUCAAAGGAAAUGGAGAUUUUGGCAAACCCUCAUUCUACACACAACAAGACAUUUCUAAAAUGAUGAAACCGCUUCCAUAUGUUACAUUGAGCAGAGUUCAUGACUGCCUUGGUAAAAUUCACAAAUUUCUCACGAAAAACGAUCCAGAAUUCCGAUGUGGGCUCAUAUGGAAAGGCAAAAAUCAUCUUGAGAUUUUUGCUAAGGUCGUAAGUUUGUAA